AUGCUAAUGCUAUUGAGGUAUCUUCUGUUCUGCUUAGUUUUCGCAACCAUACCUGCCUGGGGCCAUUUAAUACCCGGUAUCGGAUCAAUAAGUAAACAAUUGGAUCGCAGAGAUGGAAACUUGGUUGACUCAAUAUAUCAGAGUUUGCCAAUCGAGGAUUUGAAUUUUAUUGAUGCCCAUUUGAAGAAUUUAACAAUUGACGGAAGCUCUUGUGACAAGUGUAAAAAUAAAAUCCGUUACGGUCAAUCAUUGAUCCAGGAACAGCCAGACAAACAACAUUUAAUUAGUUUAUUGUUGUUCAAGUAUUGUAUGGUUCUGAAUAAGAAUAAAGAAAGCAAGUGUGAUAAUGUGGAUUUUUUUAUUACAACUUCAGAUAAGACUUCAAAGGGAGUAGUUGAUAAAUAUGAUUCCGGAUUACACGACAGUAAGAGUAUAGAUUUCUACGACAAUGAUUUUAUUCACAUGUUAAAACUAUUCAAUGUUUCUAGUGAUCUAGAUUUAGAAUAUUACUGUUACUAUAAGAGUGAUGAAGCUUGUGAUUUACCAGAAACUCCAGAUAUUGACUCGUUGUAUAAUUUUGAGGCAAAAUGGCCGGCCAAGCAGCCAAAACAUUGUUUACAACCUCAAUAUCCUAGUGAUGCUCCGGAGAAAUUUAAUGUCUUACAUUUCACUGAUUUCCAUUUUCAAUCAAGAUACCAAAUUGGAAGUGAAAGCAACUGUACCACUGCGUUAUGCUGUUUGCCUGAGGCUUACAACGAAGACUUAAAAAGUAAAGACUACAAUUUCACAGAUGCAUAUUUUAAACUAAAUCCAUCUAUGCAAAAUAGGAAAGAUAGCGAAUACUCCUUUUAUCCUGAAGCUCGUUACGAAGAUGGAGAAUAUAUUAAGGGAGACUAUUAUGACUUUCCUAAAACCAGAGGCUAUAAUUUCAACUUGUUACCUGCAACAUCUUUCGGAGGCUAUUUAUGUGAUUCGCCUGAAGUUCUAAUUAAUAACAGCUUGAAACAAAUGAAUGAAGCGUAUAAAGAACAUAAAUUUGAAUUUGCUUUGUUUACAGGUGAUUUAGUAGAUCACGAUGUUAUUCACUGUGAUCCGGAAACCACCAAGUAUGAAGAAAUCCAAACGUUUAGUUUAAUGAAGCAUUACUUGGAAAACAUUCCAGUAUUUCCCAGCUUGGGAAACCACGAUACUUUCCCAUAUGGUCAAUUGUCUCCAAUUGAUUAUGAUUAUAACAACCUGUAUCUGUGGAAUGUUGAUUUAAUGUCUGAUUUGUGGAUUUCAAAUGGAUGGUUGCCCGAGAACAAGUCUGAGCAACUUAAGAGUCACUAUGCUGGCUUUUCUACAGUGACGAAUCGUGGAUUAAAAGUUAUUUCAUUAAAUUCAAAUUGUUAUUACCAAAAGAAUUUAUGGUCGUAUGUGAAUUUGCUGCAAAACGCUGAUAUAUUCGGCCAAUGGCAAUUUCUUAUAGAUGAACUAAUUGAAAGUGAAGCCAGUAACCAGCGAGUUUGGAUAUUAGCCCACAUCCCAUCAGGCGAUGCCGAUACAUUGCCAAUUCAGUCUAAAAUAUUUGCUAAGAUAGUUGAAAGAUUCUCCCCUUACACUAUCGCAAAUAUAUUCUAUGGUCAUACUCAUAGAGAUCAAUUCAAAAUUUUAUAUUCUUCGAAUUCUUCCGAUACUAAAGAAAUUGAAGACGUCAUUAAUAUGUCUUGGGUAUCUCAAUCCAUUACGCCCUUAACUGAUAACAACCCAUCUUGGAGAUAUUAUGAAGUUGAAGAUGGGUCUUUCAAUAUUUUAAAUUCGUACAAUUACUACACUCAACUCAAUGAUACUUUUACGAACGGUGGUAAAGAGCCAGAUUGGAAAUUUGAGUACUCGGCCAGGGAUAUUUAUGAUCCCAACGGAGAAUGGCCAACUGAUUCGCCAUUGAAUGCUACCUUCUGGCAUAAGUUUGUUCUUACGAACUUGAAAAACCAAUCGAAUAUCGAAUUUAAUCAAUUGUACUCAGACUUGCAAUAUAGAAUGUCGCCUAACGUACCAAAUUGUGCAAACGGUUCUGUUAUUUCCCAAACUUGUUACGAAGAGAAUUGGUGUGACGUCAGUUCCUUUACUUCAGAAGAAUAUCUCAAGUGUCUCCAACCUUAG